AUGGCGAUGGACUAUUUCAAUCAGAUCAAAAACAGGCGCCGAUCCUCUCAGAUCUUGCAGGCUCCGAAUCCUGUCCUUAGCGCCGAGGACGAAGCUUUCCUGCAACAAGUUACAGCCCAACAAGGGGAAGCGCCUGUCUCUGCUGGCCCGGAUAAAAACGACGCGAAACCAGCCGAACCCUUGGCUGAGAGCCCAGUCAAGACCGUUCCAAGUCACGAUGCUCAGGAUGUUCCUCUACCGGCUUCCCCUGCAGAAGAGUUCGGCAAAGAGCUAGGAGAGGAGGCGCGUGAGAAUCCGGAUAUUGCCGAAACUAAAUCGGAGCCCCCAAAUCUAGAGACCGCAAAGGCAUCGGACAAGAAGAAGAAGCGAUGGAGCGCGAUGUUUUGGAAAAAGGAUCCUGAUUCUAAGAAGAAGAAGAAAGACUUCGCCACCGAAGAAAAAUCUAAAUCUGAAAUCCCUACCACUACGGCAGCCUCCGACGCAGAUGGGAAGGACGCUAAGAAAGAUGAGGAGGACAUGAAGGACAUACUCGAGCAUUUGAAUCUGGCCGCAGAGAACAACAAGGUUUUCUCGAUGAGCGAAGAGACACAGGAGCUGCUCCGCAAGUUCAAACUCAUUUUCAAAGAUCUCAUCAACGGCGUUCCGACAGCCUACCACGACCUGGAGAUGCUCUUGACAAACGGAAACCGACAACUACAAGAUACCUAUACGAAGCUCCCGGGCCCCAUGCAGAAGUUGAUUGAGAAACUCCCGGAGAAAUGGACAGAGAGCCUCGCACCAGAGAUGCUCGCCGUCGCCAGUGAGCGAGCAACUAAGAGUGGUGUCAACAUGGAGAACGUGGGCAAGGCGGCUGCGGCUGCGGAGAAGAUGGGUAUCAAUGUGCCCAGUCUGAAGGAGCUGGUAUCGAAGCCUGCUGCCAUUAUCGGAAUGCUCCGAUCGAUCAUGACCUUUUUGCGAGCUCGUUUCCCGGCUGUCCUGGGCAUGAACGUCCUCUGGUCGCUGGCUCUAUUCAUUUUGCUUUUCGUGUUGUGGUACUGUCAUAAGCGAGGACGCGAAGUUCGUCUUGAGAACGAGCGACUGGUCACGGAAGAAGAGAUCAUCAAGCUGAACGAGGAGAACUCCGAGACCCAGAUCCGCGCGACGGAGACCUUGACCACCACCGCGCCCCAGGGUGCUUCCGCCGAUGAGGUAAGGGAAGGCGUGAAGAAGGUAGAAGAGGCCCGGGCUUCUUCUGCCGAUGUUACCUCCUUGUCGUCUCCUCAGAGUGGCACCGCUCCCCAAAGUGGCACCACCGACGCCGAGAAUGUUCUCCCGGGGCCUCUUCCUACUCGUUCGAAGUCUCGUUUGUCUAUUUUUGGACGGUCUAAACCGCCUGCUGAGCCCAGUCCGAACAUUUCACCAUACCCCGGCACGUGA